AUGCCAAGUGUGGCUGUAAAACUCUACAGCGUAUUCUUCAAGUUCCUCUUGAAGCACCGUUUACAAAACCGGAUUCAAGCCCAACCCGACAAUAACUCCAACUCGUUUGGUAUCACUUCACGACCCGAAGAAUCCGUCGCUAACUCUAACCCUUCUUUUACCGACGGCGUCGCCACCAAGGACAUCCACAUCGAUCCUUUCACUUCUCUCUCUAUCCGAAUCUUUCUUCCUCAGUCCGCUCUUUCUCCUCCCGAGCCUCAUUCCAAACCUAAACAACAAGCUCCCGAACCUGGAUCUGUACGGAGAAGUAGCUAUGGUCCUCCGUUCAGGGGAAGAGCAGCUCCGAGGGAGGAAUAG